AUGAACAUUAAAAAGCCUAUCGACAUCCUCAUCUAUGGCACUGGAGCUGUAGGCUCUACGUUAGGGUGGAUAUUAGCGCAAAAUCAACAUGCCAGGCUCUCUGUUGUCUGCCGGUCCAACUAUGAAGCCGUCAAGCAACGCGGGUUGCAGAUGAACACCAUCAUGUGGGGGGAUGGUACUCUCCACCCUUUCCGCGUUGCUCGCUCCACAAGCGAGCUUACUGGUAUCCCCUUCGACUACGUUGUCUGUACAAACAAGGUGACUAACUCGGACGGACACUCGUUGGCCGACGAGCUAGCACAUGUCGUGUCCACGAGGACAACACUUGUGUCAGCGCAAAACGGCGUAGGUGUCGAGGCACCUUUGCAGAAUGCGUUCCAGGAUAACACUGUCCUGUCCGCUGUAUGCUACAUCAGUUGCCUGCAGACUAUCCCUGGCGUUGUACAUCAAGUUUCUAACAUUCGCCCUCACGCCUUCCACAUUGGUCUUUAUAAUACGAUCGAACGCAGGCAAUCGGCAGCAGAUUUACAGAGGCUGAAGACUUUCGUAGCCUUGGACGAUAAAUUCAAGGAGAUUGAGGAUGUGCGCGCUGAGCGCUGGACCAAGCAGAUUUUCAACGGAGCUUGGAAUCCAAUGGCCGCCCUCUCGGGCCUAGAAACUCACCAGCUGCUGGGGUCACCGUAUCUUCAGAUGGUCAAAAAACUCGCUGAAGAAACGUUCGACGUAGCGGUCAGAUCGGGUAUCUCGCUCCCAACGAAUCUGCCGGAGAGAACAAUUGAGCUUGCGAGGGUCAAUCCAUCUUUAGCGCCAUCUAUGCUGCAAGACUGGCGAAAGAAGAAGCCAAUGGAAGUGGACUCACUUUGUGGUUAG